AUGUCUACUACAAAUGUUGUUUCUUAUCAUAAAGGCUGGUUACAAAUUGCUAAUUUGAAGGUCUUGUGUAAUGACACUUCUCUCCUUCUCUACCCAAGCAUAACCUCAACAGCCAACACCAUGUGUGGAAGCUACUACGGAAACUCUUAUGGAGGCUGCGGCUAUGGAGGCUGUGGCUAUGGAGGCUGCGGCUAUGGAGGCUGUGGCUACAGAGGCUGUGGCUACGGAGGCUGUGGCUACGGAGGCUGUGGCUAUGGAGGCAGUGGCUAUGGAGGCUGCGGCUAUGGAGGCUGUGGCUAUGGAGGCUGCGGCUAUGGAGGCUGUGGCUAUGGAGGCUGCGGCUAUGGAGGCCUGGGCUGUGGCUAUGGCUCCUGCUAUGGCUGUGGCUAUGGAUAUCGCUCCCACUCUCUCCAUGGCUGUGGCUCUGGCUGUGGCUACUAGUAAUGAGGGCACCGUGGGAGACUCUCACCCUCUACACCUGGACGUGGGAUUCACCAAUUCUGAGCCCCACAUGUUCUGAGCCUUUCCCUUGGGUGACGAUAUCCUGCAAGAUGAAAGUCUAGUAGGUCUGUUGCUGCCUACAGCCUAACCUACAGAUUCCUGGAUUUACCUCGUGGAGUGGAAGAUGGUGAAAUUCACCUGUGGCCCCACAGUUCCGCCUUCAUCAGGAUGAUGGUGUCACAGCGACUGCCUUGAUGAUGUCCAUGCUGGAGUUCGUUUCUGUGACCUAAUAAACUUGUUCAAUCCA